AUGGCCCAAGCAAACGAUACCAUUCCCAUUCUAAUCGUCGGCGGCGGCCCCUCAGGCCUGACCAUGGGAUACAUGCUGUCCCAAUUAGGAGUCUCAUCCCUAAUAAUCGAGCGCUACCCAACCCGUCUCGAUGUUCCAAAGGCCCACGCCCUCUCUCCACGCUCGCUAGAAUUAUGUCGCCAGUUCGGUUUGGAUGUGAACGAAAUACGGAAAUUGGGGACUAGUCGAGAGAAUGGAUACUGGGUUAACUUUAAUACGAAUUUAUCUGGGAAGUUAGUGGGGAGGUUGCCAUAUGAGAGGAUGGAUAAGGAGGUUUUGGAUGCGACGCCUGCGAUGAUCCACAAUGUUACGCAGCCGAUGUAUGAGGAUUAUGUUAUGGAGAGGGUUAGGGGAAGUGAUUUUGUUGAGAUUAGGAAGAACCAUUCUUUUGUGGGGUUGCAGGAUUCUGGUGAAUAUGCUCUCACAACCGUCGAGGAUCGAGGCACCCAGAGAGAAUACACAGUCAAAUCAAACUAUGUGAUUGCGUGCGACGGCGCGAAGAGUCCUGUUCGAAACUUCCUUGGAAUAGGAAGUGAAGGAGAGGAUUCUUACGAGUCCAUGAUGACAAUCCAUAUCAAUGCGGACCUACGGUCAGUCCUCAAGGAUAGAGUGGGAAUGUUGCACUGGGUGAUGGAUCCCGAGGUGUCCGGGUUUAUCAUUGGAUAUGAUUUAUCUGGAAAUCAAGUGCUGAUUUGCAACUUUGACGUGAGUGAUCUGAGAGAAUGGCUCGUAGCCGAGAUUAACGAUAUCCAGGCCGAAAGGCAUCCAGUCGAAUCAUGGAAUGAAGAUACCUGCAGGAGGAUUGUUAAUGCAGCCAUCGGCGCAGAAAUCCCUUACGACGUGAUAAGUUACCGCCCAUGGCUUAUCAGCCGAAAAGUCGCUAAGCAGUAUCGCAAGGGCCGGGUGUUUCUAGCAGGCGAUGCAGCCCACUCCUUCCCUCCCACUGGGGGCCUAGGCUUAAACUCCGGCAUCGGUGACGUCCACAACCUAGCGUACAAAUUGGUCGCCGUAUACCGCGGAUUUGCAGCAGACAGCUCGUUGAACAGCUACGAGUAUGACCGAAGACAAGUGGCAGUGGUCAACUCCCAGCAGAGCCUAAAGAAUGGGAAACAGAUCUUCGGUCUGUUAAAGGCAAUGGGAACCACAGACCCUGAUGUGUCUAAGGCGCGUGAGAAUCUAUAUCGGAAUAUCGAAGAUCCUGAAACAAUGACGAAGAUUGAAGAGGGUAUCGAAGGCCAAAGAGAGCACUUUGAUAACUUGGGUCUUCAUAUCGGGUAUGUUUAUGGAGACAAAGAGGUCCCAAAGAAUGCUUCGAUAUACGAACCCUCUUGCAUCACGGGUGCCAGACUUCCUCAUGCUUGGAUCAAACCUCUGUCACCGGGACUCACCAAGCUACCAGAAAUUGACUCUUCAUACUUAGCAGAGUUAUCCCCGGAAGAAGUGCAAGCCAAGCAAUUCUCAACCCUGGACUUGUGUCCAUUCGACACGUUCACUCUAAUUGUCGAUGAAGCGUCGGCUUCUCACUGGGAGAAACUUGUUCAGUAUCUGCGACAUUCGGAGCGGCUAUCGUUCUCUCCAAAGAUUCAAGUGGUCGUAGAAGGUCGAGACUUCAUCGUUCAGCCGGGUAUCAACGGUGAGAAAUGGGUUGAGUUAAUGGGAUUAAGAAAAGGUCAGGCGACGUUAAUUCGUCCGGACCAACACAUUCUGGCAUGCUUUGGCUUUGGCGAGGAAGCUCAUUACGUCUUUCAGGCUUUGAGUAAAUAUUUCGAGUGGGAUGGAAUGGUGUAG